CGAGGGUUAGCGCUAAUGAUAAUGAUCAGCAUGUCUCCUGUAUGUUCAGAUCAUCUGAGGGUGACACCGUGAGAAGUUGCUUACGCCCCCUGGUUUAGAAGGACACAAGGCUCUGUUCAAGAACGUCAUUAUGGCGAGCCAGCCGUCCCUCACAUCACCGGAGGGAUCCAGUAAGAGAAAUCCCCCAGAGAGAUGUCCCCGUCCUCUGUAUUCCCGGGACUCCACACAGGAACAUCAGGAGAUCCCUCAGGAGGAUCAGGAUAGUAGCCUGAUUGUUGUUAAAGUUGAAGUCAAAGAGGAAGCAGAAGAGCCGUAUGUGAGAGACGAGUUGGGCAAGGAGGAGGAAGUUCCUCCAGAUAUUGGCCAAGAUGGGCGAUACAUUAGGAAUAGCCAUGAGAAAUUUACAGCUGACCCUUCAGAUGCUAAAGCAGAAGACGAUGAUCUCACAAAGGAUUCCCGAAAAGAAAACCCAAUCGCCUCAGAUCUCCGUCUGCUUCCCAGUGCAGGUCUAUCAUCUGAUCCCUCUACACAUGGAGGAAGUUUUCCUCUCAAUCAUCCCAAUUCUUCCAAAAGAAGCGAAACGCUCCCAUGUUCUGAAAAUAAAAAAUUUCGAGAGAAACCCGGUCUUAUAAAAAGUACUUGUGUAGGGUUAAAGCCAUAUUCAUGUUCUGAAUGUGGAAAGUCUUUUGCCUACAUGUCUCGUCUGAACGCGCAUAGGCAGGCUCACAUAAACCCGAAGCCAUACGCGUGCUCCACUGGCACCAACAGGAACGAUGAAAAGAUUUAUCCAUGUCCCGAGUGCGGGAAACUUUUCAAAUGGAAAUCGUGUCUCUCUAGGCACAAAUGGUUCCAUCGAGACGAAGCCCCGUUCUCGUGUUCCCAAUGCGGGAAGCCUUUUAAGCUGAAGUCCAACCUAGUUCGGCAUCAACGGACUCACACAUUGGAGAAGGCGUUCUCCUGUUCCGAAUGUGGAAAGUGUUUCGCAAAGAAGUCCUACCUCGAUGAGCAUCAGAAAAGGCACACCAGCGAGGAGCCGUUUACGUGUUCCGAAUGCGGCAGAUCCUUUACUUUGAAAUCAUACUUGGUCAAGCAUCGGAAGACACAUCUGGGCCAGAAGCCGUACUCGUGUUCGGAAUGCGGACGGUGUUUUGCCGUAAAGGCAUGUCUGGUGGAUCACUUUAGGAGCCACACGGGUGAAGGUCCCUUUUCUUGCCCAGAGUGCGGGAAGUGUUUUACAUACAAAACAACUCUCGCUGACCAUCAAAGACUCCACACCGGAGAGAACCUCUAUUCCUGUUCUGAGUGCGACAAACGUUUUACCCAAAGGAGACUUUUGGAAAAGCACCAAAGAGUGCACACUGGAGAGAAGCCUUAUACGUGUUCCCAGUGUGGAAAAUGUUUUGCGCAGAAAUCAGACCUUGGCAGGCACGAAAAACGUCACAGAAGCAAGGCUGAAGGCAGGUCCACCUGA